AAUUCGAUCCAAUUCUACCAUUCAUUCAUGUUCGUACCAGCAACGUUUGUGACAAAGUUUUUCGCCUAAUUAUUGCGUGUGAUGGCAAGACGUGUAGCUCAUAACCUGGAUGUGAGAUGGAGAUCGAACGACGUGAAGCACACGGAAGAUGUAACAUUUGCGAAUCUAAUGUUGUCAAAUGCGACGCUCUCUGGGCUUCGAAAGGCAGGUUUCGAGAGACCAUCCCCUGUGCAACUACAGGCAAUUCCUCUGGGCUUAUGCGGUUUUGACCUUGUCGUCCAAGCAAAGUCAGGGACUGGUAAAACGUGUGUCUUCAGUGUGAUUAGCUUGGAAAGAAUAUCGCUCGAUACUGGGAGGCUCCAGGUUCUAAUAUUGGCACCGACACGAGAAAUUGCAGUCCAGUCGUGUGACGUCUUGAACUGCAUUGGGUGCGACCAUGGUGGACUUGCAUGCUAUGCAUUUAUUGGUGGCAUCCCACGGAAAGAGGAUGAAAAGAAGCUUGAAAAGUGUCAUAUUGCUGUCGGUACACCAGGACGAAUAAAACAGUUGAUUGAACUUGGUGUCAUGAAGACUUCAUCAAUACGUCUUUUUGUACUUGACGAAGCGGACAAACUCUUGCAUGACAGUUUUGAAGAAAGCAUCAGUUGGAUUUAUGCGUGUCUUCCGGAAAGCAAGCAGGUUAUGGCACUCAGUGCCACCUACCCCAUAGAAAUGGCUGCCCUUCUCAAGAAAUACCUCAACAACCCGUCUGUUAUUCGAAUUGGGGCGGACGACCCAGCAUUGCUAGGUCUUGCUCAGUUUUAUAAGGUUGUUCCACACAGCCACCAACCUGGAACAGUGUUUAGAUACAAGCUCCAGUUUGCAGUUGAGAUACUGAGGAAGCUUCAGUUCUCGCAGUGCCUAAUAUUUCUUAAUUCUCAAGCAAGAGCUAAGUCACUGGUGGAAGCUCUAAAAGUGAAAAACCUUCCCGCAGACCUGAUUGCGGGCAAUCAGACUCAGACAGAGCGUCUGACCAGCCUUGCUCGUCUCAAGGGGUUCAGGUGCAGAAUUCUAGUAUCUACAGACUUGACUGCUCGUGGCAUUGAUGCCGAACAAGUGAACCUGGUUAUAAACUACGACAUUCCAUGGGACCUUGAGACGUACUUACAUCGGACCGGGAGAGCUGGUCGCUAUGGGACUAGUGGCACCUGUAUCUCCUUUGUGACAUCUCAGGAGUUGGAGUCCUUCCUUUCUUUGUGCACAAGGGGCAACAUCGAGAUAACAACCUUUCCUGAUUUAUUUCCUUGCUCGUUGAAGGCUGACAGUGACGAUACUGAAAAUUGUGGCAGUGGAAAAGAUCAAGUGGCCAAAGAAAUAAAAGCAAGCGCACCAGAGCAAAGAGCCGAAGUCCAGCAGCCUGGCUUCUCACUACUUAAGCACAAGUCUUUACAGGAUGCUGCCUCUGAGCUACUUGGACUUGUGCCAACAAAAUAUCUCUCCUUUGACGAGGCUGUAAAGUGUUGCAGAGAGGGAGAAGGCGUUGAACCUGCAGUCACACGCAGCAAGUCAUGGUCUGACAGUAUCGACAUUGAACUAUGCAAGUCUAUGAAUCGACUUAUUUUAGGAUGGAGGUCCAAACAAACACAAAACCUUGACUCUCUGAGCAAUGAGAACCCACAGACGGAUGACCAGAGGUCGUCAUCUCCUGGAGGUGGUGCCUGGAACAGUAAGAUUACAACGCCGCAGGAGAAGCUUCCGAAGCUGGCCGAUUGCGCUUGCGAAGGAGGCUGUCCGGGCCUGUUGCAAGUGCAACCUACCUAUCUAGGAAACGACUCUGAGACUGAUACAUAUUCGAGUAGCGAAGAAAGCUUCUUUGGGGAGCAGAGUAGUGUGAGUGAUGGAUCUAGCUCCGAUGUAUCCGACGAAUUAGGCUCGGACGAUAUCGACGACUCUCGAGGCGGUAGCUCCGAAGACGAUAGUUCGGAAAGCAGCUCGGACAGCGAAGACAUUGAGAGUGAUGGCGAAGGUGCCUAUUCUGUUACGGAACCACCCCACUACCACCCAAACUGGGGUAGCUUGCGUCGAUAUUCUACAGGAGAGGCUUGGGACGAAGCCCCAUGGUGCAGAUGCUAUGCGUGCGAAUGCAGCAGACUUAGGGCGAGACAAGCAGCAGAUUCUGGCAGGGGUGCUCUCAACUGGUCGCGUCACAUAUUUGCAAAGUACGCGUACUACAUACGGCAGAUGCUGAUGAGAAGAAGCGUUUACUUCAACAGUUGAGGAAGAUCAGCCCUCCACGGGAAAGUCAGGGCCCCCGUGGACACGUAAUUUGUGAUAUGUAUAUAGGAGAUGCUUAAUAAUGACUGCAGUGUUGGUAACUUAUGUAAUGCAGCGCAGAAUGCAUACUGUAUUUGUUAGGAAGAUGUCAUUAUACGCUAUUUAGAACAUGUUGAUUUGUAUUUGCAUCUGAUGCCAGUGAAAGCUAUGCCCACAACAUAUUGUAUGCAGUUGAAGCUGCGCUACUGCUUGUGUGAAGGGAUCUCAUCUGAAAUGUUGCUUUCAGUGUCAAAGGAUGUCGUCUUCGCCAUUCUCGACUGCUUUAAGUGCCUUCCAAUGUAGUAUUAAUAGCAUCACUUUUGACAAAUCACUUCUUUAUUUUUUUCAGUCUUUCAAAUAUAUGCCGAGCUUCAAUUUGAA